AUGAUGAGAACUCUUCCUUUGACCACCGACGGAAUCACGCUGGACAAAUUCGAAUUUAAUCCUGAUGUGAAGAUUCAGUAUAAUGCUGGUUUCCUAACAUCUGAUGUCACCAUUCUCAACAACAACAAGUCUGACGUCUUUAUUGCCUGGAACAAACACGUCUUCGUUUCCGUCACCCCUCCAACUGCAAUUAUCCCAGCUGGCACAGAUCAGGAGUUUCGUGUCACUGUUGAGUUACACAAAAUUAAGAAUAUCAACCCAAAACUGAUAACAUGUUCUAUUGCACCCAACGAACUUCUCGCUGAAGACAUUCGAAAUUCGCUGAGACUUCAACAACAAUUAUGCUACGGCAAUUGUCACGUCAAGAAUUUCUACCUAGUUUUUGAGCGAUUCUCGCAGAGUGUGUGGUGGGAUGAGUCUGUCCCCACUUAUGGGCGUGUUCCGUAUGAGGAUCUACCAACACAUCUCCAGCGUGUCUUCACGUGGCCACCAAUGCCACCACCGCCUGGGUCAGGAUGCGAAGAAAUUGCCGUCGAAAUGGAAUAG